AUGUUUCUGGGUGAGAUCUCUAAUUUCCCUUCGUUUUCUCCCUUUCGCGUUACGAAGAAGCCGUCGCUGCCGAAAAACUUCGACCUCAUCGCUCGAUCCUUCGAUGAAAACUUUCUCCGUCGCAUCCAAUCCCUCGCUUCAGACUCGAAUCCCCCGUCCUUCAGCUUGUUAUGGCUCUCGCUGGCCGUUGAUUUUCUCUCUUCCACCCACGCCGAAGCGCAGACCCUAAUCUCGGAUCUCAAAUUGUCAUCGUUGGAUGAUUCGCUCGCGCGAUACUUGGACGAGAGCGUUAAACUUUUGGACGUCUGCAAUUCGAUCUCGGCCGAGAUCGAACGCCUACGCCAGCGACGUCUUCUGAUUAAUUUUAUUCUUCACCUAUUCAAAAUCCCAGGCGAUAGUGCUCGGAUUCCCGCGCCGGAUAGGCUCCGCCGGGCCCGGGAGUCUCUCGUCGACUCGGAGAAUAGCCCCCGAGGCUUCCAGAUGUCGAUGGAAGUAUUGGUCAGAGAUCUGGAGGCGAAUCUUCGAGACAUGCCACGUGGCAAGAUCUCGAGCGUCAGGAAGCUCGUCCGUCGCACGAUCUGCGCUGUUGAAUUAGUCACGGUCUUCGUAUCCGGCAUAGUGGCGUCGGCUCUGUUCGGGCUACCAGAACUCGUCGAGGUCCGAGUCCCGGCCGAGUUUUUGUGGGCGGACUCGCUGAACAACCUCGAAUCGGCGAUUCGGAGCGAGUUGGACUCGAACCGGGCGCCGAAAGGACCGGUCCUGCGGGAGAUAGCUGACGUGGACUUAUGCGUGCGAAGACUUGGCGACGCAAUUGAUGAGGUGGCGGGAGGAGAUGACGGCAAGAGGGAAGAAUUGAGUAACGCCGUUAAGGAGCUAGAAGUGGCGACGGAGGCUUUCUCGGUGGGCUUGGACGGAUUAUAUAACGGCGUGAACGGGACGUUUCAGACGGUUUUGUGUAGUCGAAACGGCGUGAUGGGGAAGUUGGUGAAGCAUGAGAAGGUAGAAACGAAACGAGAAGUGAAGUACAAAACAUCCAUUUUCUGA